AUGUCCGCUAAUCCUUUCGCCGCGUUAGGCGAAGACGGGCCGAAUCCCGUCGCCGCGAAAGACAAAGCGAAACCGGCUUCGCACAAGGAAGUCACCGGCGGCGCGAAGGAAAAGCAAUACGGUGCCAAGGGCCAGCAAGGCGACAAGAAGAAGCACACUUCUGGUAAGCACGACCGAACCCACCACGGCAAGUCCUCCGAACACAAAGGAGGCGCCGGUAAAGGGAACUGGGGCAAAGCUGGUGACGAACUCGAUGCCAAAAUGGACGAUGGAGGCAACGAAUCUGCCACGGAGCAAGAAAUGGAAGCUCCGUCCAACGAAAUCUCCUUGGAAGAGGCCAUGAGACUCAAAGAGGAGAAGAAGAAAGCCGUGGCAGCCCUCGCCAAGACUGGGCCGGCCAGAGCGGUUGACUCUUCUGCUUUCGAGUCCAUGGCAGCGCCAAAGAAACUCGAGGACGAAGAGAAUCAUCUUGAUAUGCUCAAAGUCGACGCGAAGUUUCGUAAACGUGGCGAAAAGGAAGUGAAGGCGAAGCAAACGCUCGACUUGAACUUCAAGGUUGCCCCGACUGAAUCGAACGACCGCGACGACGACAGACGCGACCGAGGCCGUGACCGCGGUGGACGCGACCGCAACCGUGGAGACAAAGGUAAAGGUGGCGGCGGUGGCGGCGGCGGCGGCGGACGCGGAGGUGACCGUGGACGAGGUGGCCGAGGUGGCAACUCUGGUGGUGGCCGUGGCGGCAACUCUGGAGGUGGCCGUGGCGGCAACUCCGGCGCUCGUGGCGGCGGUGGUGGCGGCGGCGGCGGCCGAGGCGGCCGAGGCGCCAACAUCAACGUUGCGGACAACGCUGCUUUCCCGUCGUUGGGUUAA